ACAGUGGAACAGCUUUUCGAAGGCCGACCAUCUUAACCCUUCCAUUAUUUGCUGCAUCAACAUGUUGCGGGCCUUCUUACUCGCUGGCUCGACGGCCUUAACGGUCGCACAGCUCCGUGGGGUCACGGAAACAACGUCUUCCUUACCUCUGAACAGGCGGCUUCCACAGGCAGACCCCAAGGACGCCUUCCCUGAGGGCCCCGACGUGACGUGCUGGGACUACACGAUCCCAGGAGAACCCGGAGGGGAGAUGACGGCGGCGGAGGUCUGGUCGAGCAAAGACACGGCCUUCCCCCCCGGCUUCGUGUGGGGUGCGGCCACGGCGGCCUACCAAAUCGAAGGAGCAGUAGCCCAGGACGGCCGACAGCCCUCCAUGUGGGACACCUUCGUUCAAAUUCCGGGGAACAUCGCCAACGGCGACACCGGGGACGUGGCGUGCGACCAUUACAACCGGUACAAAGAGGACGUGCAGCUGAUGAAGGACAUGGGCUUGCAGUCGUAUCGGUACUCGAUCUCCUGGUCCCGCGUCUUGCCAGAAGGUCGGGGCGAGGUCAACGCGAAGGGUUUGGAGUUCUACAAGGACCUGACGGACGAGCUCCUCGCCAACGGGAUCACGCCCGCCGUCACGCUUUACCACUGGGACUUGCCGGAGGCGCUGUCGAAGCAGGGCGGGUGGCUGAACGAAAGCACCGUUGAGGCAUUCGCGGAGUUCUCAGACGUGAUGUUUGAUGCCUUGGGGGACAAGGUCAAGCUCUGGUUCACGCUUAAUGAGCCUUGGACCACCUCCAUCGCCGGCUAUGGCCAAGGGCAGCACGCGCCCGGUCUGAAGGACAUGGCGGAGAACCCGUACCUGUCUGGGCACAACCAGCUAUUGGGUCACGCCGCUGCUGUCAAGGUUUAUCGGGAGAAGUACGCAGCGACUCAAGGCGGAAAGAUCGGCUUGGUCCUGUCCACGGAAUGGAAGGAGCCUCUCUGCCGCAGCCAGGGCGACAAGGAGGCAGCGGAGCGGUCCUUGAUCUGGUACCUGGCCUGGUUCGCAGACCCCAUCUACAAGGGCGACUACCCAGAGGCGAUGAAAGAGCGAGUGGGGGACCGGCUGCCUGUGUUCACAGAGGCGCAGAAGGCGGACUUGAAGGGGUCCUCCGACUUCUUCGGCAUCAACCACUACGCGACCAACCUACUCCAGGACCCGACAGAGAAGAUAGGCGCAGGGAACUAUUUUGCGGACCUGAACGGGUGGAUCAUGAUGGACCCUCGCUGGCCCAUGGGCGACGCCUCCUGGCUCUCGGUCGUCCCCUGGGGCAUGCGGCGCUUGUUGCGCUGGAUCAAGGAGCGCUACGAUGACCCCGAGAUUUACGUGACGGAGAACGGACUCUCGGUGCCUGGCGAGUCAGAGAUGAAGCUGGCAGAUGCUUUGAAUGAUACAGAGCGUAUCGACUACUUGAAUGGGUACGUGGCCGAAAUCUGGAAAGCCAUCCAUUUUGACAAGGUGAAUGUGGCAGGCUACUACUACUGGUCGCUGAUGGACAACUUUGAGGUAUGA